AUGGCAGAAAAUGGAACUCCCCAUCCAAGCCAUGGUGAUUCAGUCCUGAAUGCAUCGGCUUUGCUUGUGGCAGGCUAUCUAAGAAACUCAACAACCCGUCAGUCUUUGGCCGCAAACCUUUUCGGUCCACCCUGCUGGAACUCUGAAGAUCCAGCCAUGAGUGUCAUCCUGUGUACAGCGGGGUAUGACCAUACCAUUCGCUUUUGGGAGGCGCUCUCUGGCAUUUGCUCGCGCACCAUCCAGCACCCCGAUUCUCAAGUCAAUCGGCUUUGUAUUACCCCAGAUAAGCGGUUCCUAGCAGCCGCAGGGCACAACAAUGUCAAGCUUUUCGAUAUCAAAUCAACCAAUCCCAACCCAGUGAUAACAUUUGAGGGUCACACCAACAACAUAACGGGCGUCGCAUUCCACUGUGAAGGCAAAUGGAUGGUUACCAGCUCCGAAGAUGGAACCGUAAAGGUCUGGGAUACUCGUACAGGGAGCUUGCAGCGCAACUAUGUGCACAAAGCGCCAGUCAAUGAUGUCGUCAUUCAUCCCAACCAGGGUGAGCUCAUUAGUGGUGACCAUGCCGGUAUGGUCCGUGUUUGGGACCUCGGUGAGAGCGUCUGUACCCACCAAUUGAUCCCCGAGGAGGAUACCGCAGUGCUCAGUGUUAGUGUGGCCAGCGACGGCUCUCUACUCUGCGCUGGUAACAAGAAGGGAAAUGUUUACUUAUGGCGCAUGGUCCAGACCGACGACACCACACGCAUUAUCCCCGUCUGCACAUUCCAAGCCCACAACAACUAUCUUACGCGUGUCCUGCUGUCUCCCGAUGUGAAACACCUUGCUACUUGCUCUGCGGACCACACUGCCAAGGUGUGGAACCUCGAUGCUGACUACGCGCCGGCAAAGGCUGCUCUCAAGCAAUGGAAAGAACAAGAGGUUUUGAACCCGCCAGUUGAGACACCAGCAGAGGAGCCAGUCACCCCUGCUGAGGUGCCUGCCAAGUCCAGUGACCUACUUCGUAUCUUCGGCACUCCUGCGCAAGAUCGUGAUCUUCUGCGCAUUACUGAUAACCCGCCCCGCCAGGAAACCCCACAGCAGACAUUCACUUCCUCCCCUGAUGGUCCUCCUAUGGACCCAGUAAGCCAUACCCUGUUCCUGGAAACGACGCUGGCCACCCACCAGCGCUGGGUCUGGGACUGCGCUUUUUCCGCCGACUCUGCCUACUUGGUGACUGUCUCUAGCGACCACUAUGCUCGCUUGUGGGAGCUUAGCUCUGGUAUUGUCAUUCGCCAGUACAGUGGUCAUCACCGUGGUGCCAUUUGCGUUGCUUUGAAUGAUUAUUCCGAACCUCGCUAG